GUCUUAUGAACGUGAAUGUUAUGUGUUUAUUAUUAUAGAGAUAUAUAUAUACGUGAAUGUUAUGUGUUUAUUCCUAUUCACCCAAUAAUUAUUCGCUUUCUCACUACAGAUACUGAACAGAAGUCAAAGAACAAUUCUCGAGUAGAUUCUCCCUGCCAAACACAACAAGAAGAAAUCAGGCAGUUGAAUGCCAUUGCAGAUUUAAGCCAAGAUGCACUCGAAGCACAAGUUUCCAUUUUGCCAGGAUGUCGAGAUAAAUAUGACAGAAGUAUUGUGUAUAUAUCUUUGAAGAAAAUGCAGCUUCAAAAUGUAAAUGCUACCCACUUAGCUGAAACAUUGCUCUACUUCCAAAGCAUUCCAAAACGAGAAACUAUGUGUCUUGGUUUUCUUGUCCUUGUCGAUGGUCGUGAUGCACCAUGGGAUGAAUUGUAUAAAGCAUUCGCCCUUGUAGAAGAAUCAUUGCCAGGGACAAUAAGUCUAGUGCUAGGGCUUCCUACCUCCAAUCCGUGCCAAUCAUCAUUGUCUUCCAUUUUUCACCUUAAAUUUGAAUCCAUCUCGAAUGAAAAUCAACUACUGACUUAUAUUUCAAGAGAUCAACUAUUAGUUGAAUAUGGAGGUUUAUACCAUUAUGAUCAUGAAGAAUGGAUACAAUUUCAUAAGAUUUUGGCGUGGUUGAAUCAUAAAGGUGAAGAAACUCUUAAGAAGCAUAAGACCCUAGCAGAAAGUUUAAAUAGUAUCAGGGAACAAGAGCAAGAUUUUGAAAAAUUCUAUUUUCUAGCAAUGCGUCAAAUAGAGAGGGGUAAUGACCUGUUGGAAGAAAUCCCAAAAGUGAAAGAAAAUGGUAUCAGUUCCACUUUGAAAUAUCAAUUGGAUGAUUUUACAGAAAGAUUAGAAGAUGCAAGAGAGAAAUUAGAAGACACCAGUCGCUGUUACCAACUAUUGGAUAAAGCAUACGAGUGGUGCCUAGAGUCUAUGAGGUUUGUUUCUCACCUGAAGUUAGACCUGACCGACUCUGUCUCUAAAAGGCUGCGAUCCUAUCUUCAGGAGCAUCCUUACCUAGAGGAUGACUUCUUUGAGGAAAUGCUGCAGCUGGCAAACAGGCUAAACAACCCCUCUCUGCUGGAACAGUGCCAGGCAUCAAAAGUUAAAUUUGAGGAAACUGUUGAGCUGAUCCGAACUCGACAGCGAAUUCUCUUCUUGGAAGAUGAGGACACGGAAAAGCAGCCCUCACUGAGGUUCAAGAGCGUGAACAAACCAUGUCUCUGGAAUCCUUCUCGAAACACGUCCCAAACAUACCUCAAUUGCGAUUCUGUAGCUGGCUCUUACACGUCCUUUCCGAGCAGCUACCGUUCUUGUCCGAGCGGAGGGGGGCAGAGGCGGCGCCCCCAGAAUCGAUCUCAGUAUGCGAUGGCUAAGAGAGGAUCUCUGACGGAGGAAAUGAUGCUGGCACGCUCGAGAGAUUAUCUCGGAGAAGUUUCGAGAUCAUUUUCUCUCACUGGCGACAAUCUGAACGAUGAAACGUCCUCAGAUCGUAACUGGAGAGCUUGCGAAGAAGAGAUGCAAAGAUUUGCUGAUGCUAUACGAGAGCAAAAUGAUGCUUUGAGACAAAAAACUCUGGAGGAUUAUAGAUUGCAAAAUAGCACUGGAUCGAAACAGGACGAAUUAGAGAAGCCUGCUCAUCUAACGAGAUGUGCAUCUUGUUCCGAUUUUGAAGAACUACUUUCAAUAAAAUCGUCGCCCCUAGAAAAUGUCACGAAUAAUCGAAUACUGAUGAUGAUUGUGAGGGAAAUGAUUCAAACUGAACGAGAUUAUGUCAAGUCCUUAGCAUACAUCAUUGAGAAUUAUGUACCAAUGCUUCAGACUAAGGAUGUUUGCCAAUCUUUGCGCAGUCAAAGAAAUGUAGUAUUUGGUAACAUUGAGAAAAUCUUUGAGUUCCACAGUUGCUACUUCUUACAAGAGCUUGAACAGUGUGAAUCAGACCCAUAUUCUAUAGGGAAAUGUUUCCUAAAACAUGAAAGCCAAUUCUACUUGUAUGCAUUGUACAAUAAGAAUAAACCUAAAUCAGAUAGUUUGAUGGCAGAAUAUGGAAACAACUUUUUUAAGGAGAAGCAACAAGAGCUCGGAGACAAAAUGAAUUUAGCAAGCUAUCUGUUGAAGCCAGUGCAGCGGAUAGGAAAAUAUGCACUCCUUUUGAAGGAACUUAUCAAAGAAUGUCCACAAAUUAAUAGUGAACAUUAUAAUAACUUAAAGGCAGCUGAAGAGAUGGUUCGAUUCCAGUUGCGUCACGGCAAUGAUCUCUUAGCCAUGGAUGCUUUGAAAGAAUGUGAUGUGAACAUCAAAGAGCAGGGUCGACUUUUGAGGCAGGAUGAGUUUCUGGUGGGCAAAGGUGGAAAGCGGAAGACUCUCCGGCGAGUGUUUCUCUUUGAAGAUCUCAUCAUUUUCAGCAAAGCCAUAAGUCCACCCGACUCUAACGACUACUACCAGUACAAGAGCAGCAUGAAGACAUCUGAUUUAGGAUUGACGGCCCAAGUGGGUGAAAGUCCAACUAAAUUUGAGAUUUGGUUUCGAAAGUGCAAGGUGCAAGACCUGUUAGUACUGCAGGCACCAUCUGCAGAGAUUAAGAAUGCAUGGGUGGAAGAAAUCACUGGACUGCUCUGGAAACAAGCAGAGAGAAACAGAAAUUUAAGACUCGAGGAGAUGUCUUCGAUGGGAGUAGGAAACAAACCUUGUCUGGAUAUAACUCCGAGUCAAAAUCAGAUCUGUGAUCGUUCCAUAAGUUUUCAACAACUAAUCAAGAUGCCUCGUUUUCGUAACUCUGUAGUUAUUUCCAGUACGGACAAUCUAAAUAAUAAUGAGCAGCUGAGGCGGAGAUCGUUUGGAGGCUCUUCUAUUUUUUAUGACAAUUCAACUCCAUUUUAUGACACAGAGGAGAUAAUUGAAGAUGAAAGAGUAAAAUCUAUAACUCAACAGUCCCAGUGCUCAGCCGAGAGUGGCAUUUUCACUGAUUUGAGCACCUCUGGAGAUAGUUAUGUGGAAAAUGUACAGCGUAUGAAAAUGGUCGAACGCAGCGACAGCCUCAUUUCUCGUUCCUCAUAUGAUCCAAAAAAAGAGAUUUCAACUACAACAGAAUCAUCAUUUUCUGGCCUCAAAGCGUCAUGAAUCUAAACUGUAUUUUAUGAAGAAAAAAAUUAAUUUAAUGUUGGAUGUGCCAUACUCUCAAAUUUCAGCCUUUGUUUGUACAGCAAUACUUUCAGUUGUAGGUUCCCGCAUAUAUUUUGACUGCCACCUACUUUGCAAAAUAAAAAAUUUUAUACGCCCCCUA